AAAAUAAAAGUUGAGCAUUUUUCAUUCAGAAUUCAAAAGAAAUACUAAAGAAAAAGUCUGCAAGUUGUGACAGCAGACAACACUCGACGAAAACCGUCAGUGUUUUUGCUUUGCCUUUGGCUUCGGAUAUUUCUGAACUUAGUCACUGCCAGCUCAACCAGUUCUUCUUGCUUGUGAUGCUUAAGCGUGUUAUGAAUUUAAUAUUGCAGGCCAAAAGCAUCUUGCUGAAAUUAUUUCAUGGAUCAAACAUCUGAUGAAGAAAUAGAACUCCUGGGGGAAACAGAUGAAAACCGAGCUUUUGAUGACGCAGAUACUAAUUUAAACCCCCUCCAUUUUCUGAGUCGAUGUGCAUCAUUUGACGAAUCUGUCAAUAGUUCUUCAUUUAAUGCAUUACAAACAGCAUGUAUUGCUCUGCAGCAGAAAUUGAAAGAAAAGGAUAAAAAGAUCGCUGAAGUAACGAAUAAAAACAAGUCGAUGAAUGUUCAAUUGGAGGACUACAGACUAAGGCUAGGUAUGGAUGAAUUUUAUGAUGUGCAUGAGCCCACUAGUACAGCUGCAGGGGCAACAAGUGGAGAAGAAAAAACAUUAGCUGAAAGUAGGGCAAAUAAAGGUUUGAUUAAACACCUACAUAGAGAAAUAUUAGUUCGGGAAAAUGCUCUGACCAAAAAUCAAGAAGAGAUAUUUAGGCUUAAACAAGAACUUGAAGAAACUCGAAAGAGAUUCUUAAGAGAGAAAGAUGGUCUUCAGUCCAGUUAUGAUGUAAUGUCACAUAGCUUAAUACAGAAAGAACAUGAUUGUGCAAUAAAGGAUAAUGAAAUUCAAAAUUUGACCGAAUGCUUGCAAAAAGAAAAACAAGAAAAAGACAGGCUAACACAUGAUUUAAAUGAUUUGAAAGAGCAUGUCCAUAAGUUUGAAAGAAAUAGUCAAAUUUCAGCAAACCCUAGCAAAGAUGCAGAAAUUCAUGAUCUUAGGAGCAGAUUACAGUAUCUAGAAAAUGAUAAAAAGCGAUUAUAUACAGAGUUGGAGGCAGUGAAAAAGGAAAGGGACUCAUUGAAUGUAAAAUCUAAGCAAUUAGAAAUAGAAGCAAAUAUUGCAAAACAGAACCAUUCUUCACUGAGGGACGAUCAUCAGUCACUGUUACUUUUAGAAGAGAUGGAUGAUGUUGAUGGGGAUAUUGUUACUCUAAACAAGGCCCUGCAAAUGGUGAACAGCCAGCGGAAGGAGUGUGAAGAGCUCAAGAGUAAAGUCUUGGAGCAGUCAGACAUCAUACACACUCUGACUAAACAGUACACAGGAGGCUCAUCUUCCCUGCAGCCUUACUAUAAGGAGAGAAGGUCAGAUGUCCCGGGUGCUUCCUUCCAUCCAACUUACAACGACAAACCUCAUGAACAUGAGUAUGUGAAUGCACGGACUUUAAAUCAAACUAGAAGUGACUCUAACUUAACAGGUUUAUCACAGUCCAGCACUGGCAUAGCGAGACGACAAAGUGAUCGCAGUGAUUACAGAAUGCAUAGCUCAUUGACACGUGGCAUGCCAGUAAGUGGAAACAUCAUGUCGUCAAGAAAUGCCAUACCACAUAUGAUGGCACAAGAAAUAAAUCAGGCGGCUCCCCACCCGAAUGUUGUUGAUUCUUUAAGUUCCCCAAGGAGCCCUCGAAGUCCGCGAACUUCAAGAGACGAGAGAAGGCCUGAAACUGAAAUCGGAGAUAUAUCCACACAAAAUUCUAGUCCUCAGAACAUAACACCAUUGUCUACUUAUAGGCAUCCUCCAAACUAUUCUCAAGUCCAAGAUGUUUCAAAUUCUAAUCAACUAGCAAAUUAUCGUGAGCAAAAUUCUCCCAAUAGGUACACGCCUGCAACAACUACAGAAAAAGCGACAAGGUCUGUUUUAGAGCCUGUCAAACCAUUGCAAAUUCAAGCUCAAAGUAAUCACAAACCCAGAAGACAACCAUCCCAAGAAAGGCAGAUGUAUUCACCUAGAAAUAAUGAGUCUGAGCAACGCAGACCUCAGAACUACCAACUCAAUAUCGGCCCAGACUAUGAAAAUGUUUAUAACCCGCAAACAGAGAAUAAACGUCAAAUUGAAGAGCAUGAGGAGCCUCGAUUCGUAACCUGUACUGAUAAUAGGGGCCCAAUUCCCGUUCAGGAUGAACAUCACAAUGACGCAAUUUCGGCAGUGAAAGUCUGCCCAGUGUGUAGUCAAGAGUUUUCGCGAAUGAAAAUGGAAGAAUUUCAAAUGCACGUGUUUGAGUGUUUCGAUAACUGUGAUGAAUCGCCAGCUACUUUGCAACCAGGUGCAUCUGGCCAAGAAGAUGAAAGAGUUUGCCCGAUGUGUAAUGAGACAUUCCCUCUGACCAUACCACAAGAAACUUAUGAACAACAUGUGCUUGGGCACUUUGGGGAUGAUCCCAAUAUGGAAAGAUUCGAAAUGUUGCAAAACUAGAAGAAAAAAAAUUGUGUGAUUAUUUUUUAAUUGGUUAUUAUCAAAAAUGUUAGUAAUGUGAAAAACUAUAGAAUUAUAGAAAAUAUAGGACAGGAUUGAAAAUAUACACAGCAUUUUAAAAUUGAAGACAACCUUUAAGAGCAAAAUAUUGUUAAAAUGCUCUGUAUGUAUAAGAUGGUUUAUCAAAAUAUUAUUUUAGAAUUGUGGCUAUAAAAAAUUAAACAGUAUCUCAAAAGAAUAACAUUAAUAUUUAAGCAAUAUUCUAUUACUCAUUACAAAGUAUACAUAAAAUUAAUAUUGAUAUGUGACAUUUAUGACCCCAUAAUAGUCUUUUACUCCAUAUAUUUCUUUAUAAAUUUGGGUAUUAUUUAUUAUUAUUAUCAUCAUUAUUUGGAAUAUUGGGAUUAAGCACAGUUAAAUGUUUCCUUUUGUUUUAUAGAAAAGGCAAAUUCUGUUUACUUUUUUUUGUUGCUGUAAGUUUCUGUAAAAUUUUGUGGCUAUAUUGUUCUAGUUUGAAGUUAUCAAGUUCUUUAUGUUGAUCCUUAUAGUCUUAUGGAAAUGAAUAACAGUUUUUUGUUGUUUUUUUCAUUAUGUUUUUCCCGGAGCUUUUACAUUUUCCUGGAGCUUUAAUGCACUGUUUAUGUGUAAACUGCACAUAAGUUUGUCUGUUAAUUUAAAAAAAAAAGUGAAGCUUUUGCUUGCAUAUAUUGGUGUGCAUUUUACUUGAUUUUCUUCCAUAAACGCCACAGAGUACAAUUCAUGUUCUCAAAGUGUUAUUGUUAUCAAAUCAUGCACUAGUGUUUUACCAUUUUUGUUUUUUUUGGUUUGGACAAAGCUUUUUUUUAAAAGCCUAUAUAGACUGCAGUAGUAAAAAUAUGUAAAAAAAUAGUAGUCACUGUUAAGUAAAUACAAAAAGGCUUUAUGUUUCAAUUCAUAAAACUGUCAUGAAUUAAACUCAUUUAUUUCAGCUGAAUUUAAGCUUGUCCUUCUAUUCAACUUCUAUAUAUAUCAAGGUAUCGGUGUUGUUUUUGUUUUUUGAAUACAAACACUUACUUAAAAUGGUAAUAACUGAAAAAGGCGUAAAAAUUCUGAAAUGUAAUUUAGUACCCUUUUUUUACAGAGACAAUUCCAACAUAUACAUGUAUAUAGCAAGGCCCAUAAUUAUAGCUCUCAUAAUUGUAAAGUUAUGUGGCUUAUUUGACUUAAAAACAGAAUAGUGUUGGUAUUCGCUCCAUGUUACUUCGUUUAUAUUGUGAGGAUUUCACACGCAAAAUACCCACAAAAUUGAUGACAUUUAUUAAUUAUGUACAAAGAACUAAAUAACCAGUAUUUUAACAGCGUAUCUUUUUAAUUAGGUAUAUUUUCAUUUGUUAUUUUUAUAUUGACUGUAAGGACAGGUGGUCAUAAAGCCUGCAAUAUAAGUGAAUUGCACUUCUAGUUAUGUCUUUCAUUUAAUAAUGAUGUUAAAAUUCACAUUUACAUUUGUAUAACACUUAUUUAAUGAA